AGGUAAAAUGUGAAGAUAAAGUGUUAAGUUUGAAGAGUGUAUGCGGUGGUGGGUGAAGUUGAGCAUAAAAUGUCUACUGCGUUUAGUUUCAGUAGCAGCACUCAAGCGCUAAUUCUGAAUUCAACUUCACCUUCAACUUCUUUGUCACUAAGAAGAAUCAUCACAAUCUAUGUUCCAAAUUCAGUUAACAAGGUUGUUGGAAAUGGAACAAGAACAGGAAGAAGAAAAUGGAAUAUGGCAGUUAAUAAAUCAGUUACAACUACCACACGUUUCGAUGAUAGUGUCGUAGAUUCAGCUUCAGCAGUGGUGAGAAAAUUCUAUGAAGGAAUCAAUAGACAUGAUGUAGAUUCUGUACAGUAUCUUAUAUCUGAAAACUGUGUGUACGAGGAUCUUGUCUUUCCUAGCCCCUUUGUCGGUCGUAAGGAAAUUAUAGAGUUUUUCAAGAAGUUUACUGAUUCUACAAGCUUAGAUCUGCAGUUUGUUAUUGAUGAUUUGUCUAUGGAGGAUUCUUCAUCAGUUGGAGUGAUUUGGCAUUUAGAAUGGAAAGGAAAGCCUUUUCCGUUUAGCAAAGGAUGCAGCUUUUAUCGUUUGGAGGUGAUUGAUGGCAAGAGACAAAUAACAUAUGGGCGAGACAGUGUGGAACCUGCAAUCAAGCCCGGCGAUGCAACCUUGACACUGAUAAAGAGUGUGACAUGGCUUCUUCAACGAUUUCCUCAAUUGGCAGACCGAUUCUAGUGAAAGCUCUUCAUUAUUUUGGAGUCUUGUAGUUUGGAUCAUGUAACACAUAAGAUUCUCUCAAGUAGAAAAUGUGAUAGUGGUGUAUAUAUAUAAAUAAGAACAAAGUUAAAUUAUUAUCUAAAUAUACAUAAAUUUACUAAA